AUGAAGCUAUCAUCUGUCUCGGAAUCUCGGGCCGACGCAUUUUUAUCAUCAAUCUCCAUGGCCUACCCGAAUCUAUAUCGUGUGUACCUCGUCGUCUGCCUCAUUCUAGGCAUCUUCACUUGGUCCGCGCAAGCUCAAGAUGAUCCUUUGGCAAACUUCGGGGACACUAUUCAAGUCCUCGGUCAGAUGGCUCGAACAGACCAAGAUUUCAAAGAUGGUCUUGCCCUCGACUUGUUCUCUCCCACCAACCGAACACUUGUUGUCACAAACAAUACCUCACCCCUGCCAGGGAACUUUGUCAAAGGAUCUUCCGGAGAAGGGUUCACCAGCCUCUCAACGUACAGUUGGAUCGUCAAGAUGAACGAGACGGCUCAAGACCUCAUUGCUAAGAUUGAACUGCCAUACGACCCCGUUGCCCUACAAAAGGAAGGCUUCGACGUUUCCAAUACUUUCGUUGGCAAACUAGCACCCGACGGCAAGGCCUGGGUGAUCUCAGAGAACCAAAGAAAUGUCCACGUGUCGGAAAACAAGACCCGGAUAAUCAAGCUGACAUCAUUAGACGGUGAAUACAUGCUGCUGGGCCGCAAGUCUGUAGAUAACUCCAACAUAUUUGUUCAAUACGGACAGGGCGCUACACGGACGGUCAACGUCACUGGAGGAGCUGGCAUUCAAGAGGCGGAAUUUGUUGAUGGCCUGCGGUUCAGUGUGGCUGCAGCGGCACCGUUCGCUUUAAAUGUCGAUAUUCCCAACGGAGUCGAUCAGGCUGCAUUGCCAGAAAAUACCAUGCCUCUCAAUUCCUUUUCCUGGGUCAUCAAUACGACAGCAACAUCAUCCAGCGGCCUGUCGGCCACUGUCAGCUUCCCUUUCAACACAGAAAUGCUCGCCGCCAAAGCACCUGAUCGAAAGCCACAACAGCUCAUUGUUGCAAGGCGUGCCCUGAACGCCACCUCAACGGAGAGAUUUUCGGCUCUAGAGAAGCAGAAACUGAGCUGGUCUGCAAAUACCAUCAGCGCUGAGGGUCUACCGCAGCUCGAUGGGCAAUAUGUACUAGUGAUCAUGGGAAACGGCUUGGGAGAUGACGAAGAGAAAGAUGAUUGA